ACCAGUGAAAGCCUCAAGAUCUGGCAGCAGAAUCUCCAGAAAUCCCUCAAUGCCUGGGAACAUAUGCUUAGAAACCUUGACCUGAACAUAUACAACAUAGCAUGUAUACAAGAACCCUACCUCAACCCUGUAAAUCUCGCCAAUGCCUCCAACCUCAAACAGUACUGGGACAUCAUCUACCCAACUGACCACCACGCCAACACCAACAGAUCACAAACAAUCAUUCUAGUCAACAAGAAACUAUCAAAGAACAACUGGCAUAUGGUCCCAAUCAAGUCCCCCAACAUCAUGGCCAUCAAACUCAUAGGACAAUUUGGAAAGGUAUGCAUAUAUAACAUAUACAACCCCUGCAAGAGCGAUACGACCCUUCAC